AUGGCCAGCGAGCUUGACGGCGAUCAUGAUUCAGAGAUUGAGAGUUACGUCAUCAACAACGAUCGAACGCUCUUCAGCCGACUCGCGCACGUAUACGAGAGUGCUGUUGUCCAUCUUUUGGCUCAGCGCGAAGUACAGGGUGUUGCGCCGGCCACACUUCGGGCAUUCCAGGAAUCAUAUGCCUCCACAGCUUUCCGAUGCCGCUUCCCGCAUUCGAAGGUACGGCGCAUGACACAUGCGGAACCCAGGCCUGAGGAGCACCAACAGGAUUCGCCAGGUCCGAGUAUUCCCCCCAAGUACACCAAAAGAUUCGCUGAUGCCAACCGGUUCCUGAGCGCGAAUCCGGGAGUUAUACAUGCCACGGAUGUCAAGCCUUUCCCUCCCGAUGUGUUAAACGCUCAAAUAGUGCAGAAUCUGCCUCACGAUGUGAAGACCUGGAAGCAGCUCAAGGAUUGGACGCAACAGAACCCUUCCCUAACUCCUGAUAUCGAUACACAAAAGCUGAUGUUACUGCAAAUCUUACAUUUCCUGGACAUGGUUCGACAACAAAAGAUUGGCGGGGUUGAGGGAACCCAUAUUCCGUCGAACGCGCAGGAAACCCCAACGCCUCAGCAAAACCGUCAAGAUCAAGUGAUCAUCAACCAGUUUGCGAAGAAGCUGAUGGAUACAGCCAAGCCCGAAGUCAUACAAAAGUUCGAAACUGACGUCGGUCGAUGGCCCGACGACAAGAAGCAACAGCUCCUGGACCAAGGCAUCAACCCUCUCUUCUUCCGCUUUCGACAGCAUGCCGAAAUGAUCUACAAAAGAGGGGGUCCUCAUAAAGCGGGAGCGGUCAACACUGGUGCCCAGAACGAUAUAUUACAUCAAGUCGCCUCGAACGACUCCUCAAGUCAAGGCUUGAAUCCCAGUGCCGCAUCAAUACAAGAAACAGGCGCGAUGUCACGCGAUCCGAGCUUCAACAAUGCUCCCGCGGAAUUGGAUUUGCAAGAGCAACAAAGGCUGUUAAACGAGCAACUUGUGCUGCUUGAGAAUCAGAACAAGAAGCCGUGGGGGGAGAGAUGGCCAUGGAUGGCGGAAAAAGAUAAUAUGCGUCAUGGUCCACCGAUGCAGCAACAGCAAAGGGUACCUUACGGAACGCAACAGACAAACCAAGAGAGGAAACGACGGCAAGAAACGCAGCAACACCGUGAUGAAUCCGUGGUGAUAGAGACGCAGUCGCCAGUGAUACGGCGAGAGAUCGACAACGAUUCCGGCUACGUAGUACUGACGCAGGCACAGAAGGACCAGAUGUAUCAAGAACAGCUUGCCCUGUUAGAGAAACAAAACCAUAAACGGUUGCUGCAGAAAUGGCAGGAUGAGGAUCAGGAACAGAAGACGCAAGAGGAAAGGUGGCGUCACGAGCGGCUCAUGCGGCAACAGCAGGGGGCUCAGCAACAAAAUGAGGAUGACUUGGCAAGUUACGCGGUACCCGACCAGCCAGGUUAUGCUGGAGUGUCCCAGAAUCCAAACACACAAUCAAGCCCAUUCACUGGUUGGAACACUCCGCACCUCGACCGAAGUCACCACCCUCCCCAACUUCCGCCCAACCUAGAGCGCAAUAUACCCGAUCAUCCAGAGCAAUAUAGCAAGAGUACAUUUGAGCAACUACAAUCCCCGCAUCAACCAUAUGGAUCAGCGCAACUUCCCAAACUCAACACAACGCAACCGUAUUACUCGGGAGCUUUCGCACCUACUGGAGUCAUGCGUGAACCUUCGCCACCUACGACUCAACAGCAUCCUCACCAUACUCGCGGCUCGCUUGAAAGCAAAGAAAUCAAGACAGCUUAUAGUUCUCUCCCUAGCAAGUACUAUUUUAAUCAUGCAGACGGACCUUCAAGUGUACCGAGUCCGGCGGAGAGACCACCGGAGCCCAUCUGGUCACCUUUCAACCUGCGCCAAAACAUCGCGGAUAGAGGCAUCUCCCCAAAUAACAACCAGCUGUCUAAGGACAACCGGGAAUCCCUUCCUUCUUAUCCCGACAAUACGUAUGCGACCGGUAUGCAGUCUACAGAUCUGGCACGAAUGCAACAGGAUGUUCGGUGGUAUCCGAAACAGAACGACGUUGUACAGCGCCCGUAUGUUGAGAAGGAGCCUCCGACGAGCAGCGGCUCUCAACAGCAAACUCCACCUCCCAGGGUAGCUCGACAACCGCAUCAACCGUCUGAUAAGGAAAUGGCUCACUUGGCUCCAGGACGACUCGUUGUAGAUUCCGUACAAUCGCAGGACAUGCGUCCGUCUACGCAUCGUGACACAACCCGUUCGACGCCCGACACUGGAGGUAUCGCGCAAAACAUGUUCACCUUCGGGUCGCCCAGUCCCAAGCGAGACCAUCCUCAUGAGGUUUCCGGAGGGCAAGGGGUCGGAACAUGGCAGCCACCAGAUCCUGCGCAAGUACGCGAAGAGCUUCGGUUGUACGGUGAAAUGAAUCAGAGUGCGCUGGCGCAGGGCAGGGCUUACCGUCGACCCACAGGCCAACGAAUGAAUCGUUGA